AUGAUUAAUUUCCAAAAAAGAGUUUAGGAUUCUCAGUUAAAAUGUACUAUAGACUAUCGUAUUAACAGAUAAUUUUAAGUUGUUUCAAAAUCUAGAGAAAUUAGACAAACUCAAUCCUAAUGUUAAAAUAAAGUUGCAAUUAAUAACAAUAAUUAUAUCAAACCAAAAAGAUCCAUAUAAUAUAAUUCAAUAUAAACAGAUUCAACAGCAUUUGAAAGUUUAGAAACAGAUUAGAGAAGACAAAGUACUGAACCAAGAAACUAUUAAAAAAGAAGAAGUCGUAUUAUAUCAACUGUAUAGAAAAUUUAAUUAAUUAGUUUUUAAGAAAAUAUAAAGCUAAAUAGACUUACUUUAAUCAUGUGAUAUGGAUCAUUUAGAGUCUGAAUAAAUUCCUAUUGGAAAUUUUCAAAUUUAACAGUAAUAAUAUUCUGAACCACCAAAAAAUUGUUUUAUUAAUAAAGAAAAUUAUUAAGGACGUCGAACUAAGUUACCUACAUUAAAAAAGCAUUAGCUAUGUAAAUUUUAAUUAUUAAUUUAAGAAUUUGAAAAAAAUGAAGGAAAAAUAAGUGGAUCUAAUGUAGUUAAAUUUGGAGAGUCUUUUGUGA